GCCACCCCCCCCUUUCCCCCCAGGCCCUGCCGGGCCCCUUCGUAGGGGAAAUUAUGAAACAUUCAGACCAUGGUGAGUAACAUCUUCACUUGGUUCCUGUAUGUCGUCAACCAGGUGUCCGACCUGUCCCUGCGGCCGAUUCAACCUCAGGCGAGGUUGAGGCCGGGGAAUCAACAGGUCGUGGCUCCUCCACCCAGCACGACUCAGGCGUUCGAUGCUGGUCCGUCUAUCAUCCAAACCCCGACGACUGAACCCAGUAUCACACCGUCCCCCACGAGUCCACCCCCAGCGGAGGCGACGGAUGAAUACUGGGACGACAUCAUUACCGGCGUGUAUGGAAUCCCACCGCUGCUCAAGGUCCACGACCGAACCGGGAGGAUAAAAUGGAGUUGGGGGCGAGACGACGUGACCCAAGACCUGCCUCCCUACAUCAGGCACUGCUUGUAUAGUGACGCGAACGAUGCCACCGAAGUCAAGUGGAUUAAAAACGGAACCGCCAUCGCUGCGAUCUACAGCGAUCUGGUGCUAAUGAUCAACCAUACCCCUGACAACCCGGAGACCGACAAAUUGAUCACAUUCGCUGUCUGCCGGCAGAAUGAAUUUCUCUGGAAUGCUCAUACCCUGGAGCCGUUGCCCGGGGAUCGAGUAGCGGUCGGUACGACGGGUUCCAACGCAUGGGAUGGCAUCCUCGUCUAUAAUUCCAGCGUCGACAAUCCCCUGGUGGAUGAGCCGCUGAUCUUGCAGAAUAUCACUGGCCUGCGCGCCAUACACGGGAUGAUUUGGGACGAGCAAGAGCAGAUGCUGUGGGCCGCUGGUACGGACGCGGCAGCCGAUGGGUCGGACCCUAUACCAGCGUACGGAACUAUCCAGGGCUAUCCCUACAAUGCAACUACCGGCGAACUGGAAGACACAGAUGAAUUUAUGUACCGACUACCAGAGGCAUGGGAUCAGGAGACGGAAUGGGGCCCAGGAUAUCCAUGGUGGUGUGGGCCUCACGAUCUUGUCCCCAUUCCCAAUGAUCGAAAAUUCCUGAUGUCGCAAGAUCGAGGCUUGCACGCCUUUGACCUGAACACUCGUGAAUUCUUCCUCGAUAGCAAAGGCGUGAUUGAUACGUAUAUGAGAGGGUUCGAAGUGACCACCAGCGAUAGAAAAGGUUUUAACCGGGCAGGAGAGUACCUGGAGCUCCCCGAAUCAGACCUGAAGGGCUUUAGCAUGGCGCCGGAUGGAAGCUUCGUCUACGUGCAGUCUCUAUGGCGAUUGUUACGGGGCAACCACACGAACCUCGUCGUCGAUGGUGUCCGACAGCAGAUCAACCUGGGGGAUGAGAUUUACCGAUCGCGUUGGUUUGCAGACAUUCCUGGUUGGCCGAAGCCAGCUGCAUAAGAAACCCGACGAGACUGCAAUUCAACAUUUCUUUACUCGGCAACCCGCAUGCUAUGACUCUCCCAGUGGGCACAGACAUGGCGCCGCUCUAUGGAGUUGGCUACAACAGUGGUCAUUUAAUAUCGACGAUACGUUUGCGCCACUCACCAGCUCCGGAGUGAAACUGCUGAACCAUGCCAUGCUAUCAUGCCGGUCAUGAUGCGUGAGUAUAUUUUCGCAUAUAGUUUAAUCAAAACAUACUCCAAAAGAGCAGGAGGAGCCACAACUAGACGACGACCCACCAAUAUCACAUCGUACCUGUCUUUGAAACCGGAUAAUAUCGUCAGCUCAACGCCGCUGCGUGGUCGCAUUCCCUCAUCUCUCGCUUCGGAUCAUAUGAUUAUAUAUCGCCAUGUAUUCAUAAGGGGGAAAGAAGACAUAGAGGGAGAUCAAGUUGAUCUCCAGGACUGGAUAUACCAUACACGCUGAUCGCGUGAAGUACAUAAUAUUAUUUUGCAUAUGAACACAAUAAAUACCGGCAUAAUUGCAUAUAUCCAAUUGCACUCCCGCUCAAUCCUCUUU